AUGGCGACCAUUCUCCUUGGCUCGACGGGCGAAGUGGGCCGUCAGGUCCUGAGAGCCAGUAUCCAGAGCAGCCUUACCCCGAUCAUUUGUCCCGUCCGACAAGGGAAGGCUUUGCAUGUCAGCGACGACAAGUUCAAGUCGACUUCUAUCGACUUUGACUCAAUUCCCCAAGCUGGCCUCGACUCACAUUCUGCUGCCAAUGUGAUCAUCACACUCGGUACGACGAGAGCAAAAGCAGGCAGUGCAGCUAACUUCGAGCGCAUAGACCGGCACUAUGUGCUUGAAAGUGCGAAAGCAGCCAAGACGGCGUCGGCAGAGCGAGUGAUCUACUGCAGCUCUGCCGGCAGCUCCUCGAGCUCGCCGUUCCUGUAUCCCAAAAGCAAGGGUCUGACGGAGGAAGGUCUGGCAGAGUUAGGCUACACAGAAACAAUCAUAUUCAGACCCGGAUACCUCCAAAUCGAUGGCGGCCGACCCGAAAGCCGCAUAUUAGAGAAAGCAUUUGGCCCUUUCUGUCACUAUGUCCUGGCUAGGUUCAGCUCGGGCGUAGAGAUCAACACCAAACUCUUGGGCAAUGCCAUGAUCAAAGCAGCCGAGAUGGGCGCCGACAAGCUCGUCAAGGACGGUUAUGCGACAAAGCAGGCACUCAAGAAUGGCAAGAAACUCACCAUCGUCAAUAAUGAACAAGCCACUCGUCUGGGCUCUACAUGAGCUCUACCUGAGCUCCCAUCACUCUGUUGUUGCAUGAAACCAGCGAGUUGCAGACUGUGCAGAGACUCGAGCGCGAGUGCUCUGCGCGGCUCGCAUUCGAUCACAAAUUCCGCCCACAUACCUCGCCCGUCUGGCAUACGCAUAGCCGCGAGAAUUAUAUAUCAGUGCUUUUCCGUUGCCUCGAGAUCUUUCGCAUGUGGUAGACAACAACACGUUCAACUUGAAAUUCAUGCUUUGCGACUGAUGCAACGACGUAUGAUCGGCGUGUCUUGAAGAGAGCGUCUGACGAGGUUGCCUUCGAAAGCCUGGGCAUGCUUGUCAGCGCAGGUCAGGGGAAGUAUGAGCGAAUACUGACAGAGGCCAUAGCUUCGAGCCUUAGACCGCGAGUCUCGGGCAGGAAGAAGAUAACGAUGAGCGUGAUGAAGACGCAACAGCC